CAGGCACAACAAAUACCAGUUAUAGUCCAGCAAUACUGCAAUGUCAUUGUCGAAGUUGCGUUCGAUAAGAUCUUGAACUCCUUUGAAACCAGACAAAAAUGGCAAGCAAGCGCGUAGCAGUGGUAACUGGGGGUAACAAAGGAAUAGGCCUCGCUGUUGUCAAGACCCUGUGUCAACAAAAUCCUGACUGGAUUGUAUAUUUAACAGCCCGUGAUGUCGGACGUGGGCAGGCAGCAGUGGAUGCCCUAAAGAAGGAGGGCGUCAGUCCGUCAUUCCACCAGUUAGAUAUCAACAGCGCGGACAGCAUCGCGGCACUACGGGGUUACCUUGAGAAAACUUACGGAGGGCUGGACGUACUGGUGAACAACGCUGCUAUUGCGUACAAGGCUAGUUCCACGGCUUCAUUCGCCGAACAAGCAGAAGUGUCAAUGGCAACGAACUAUACUGCCAUGCUUAAUGUUUGCGAUAGCUUGUUUCCUCUUCUGAGGCCCCAUGCAAGGGUGGUCAACGUGUCCAGCUUCGUCAGCCAAAUGGCACUGAGCAAAAUGAGCGCUGAACUCAAGAAAAAAUUCACAUCAAAACUCACCAUGGAUCAGCUAUCUGCACUGAUGAAAGAUUUUNCCACCACUUCGGUGGUCAACGUGUCCAGCUUCGUCAGCCAAAUGGCACUGAGCAAAAUGAGCGCUGAACUCAAGAAAAAAUUCACAUCAAAACUCACCAUGGAUCAGCUAUCUGCACUGAUGAAAGAUUUUGUGGAGCUAGCAAAAGUUGGAAAGCACACGGAGAAUGGCUGGCCUGAUUGGGCUUACGGCGUCACUAAGGUUGGAGUCACGUGCAUGACGAUUAUCCAGCAGGAGGCUCUCGACAAGGACUCGAGAAACAUAAUUGUUAACGCCGUUGACCCGGGUUGGGUGCAAACCGACAUGACCGGCAACAAGGGCAAAAAGACACCCACAGAAGGAGCCGACUCCAUUGUCUACUGCGUAACAUUACCUCCAAAUACGAAAGAGCCACGCGGGAAAUUAGUGAGCGACCGCAAAGUUCAACCAUGGCAGGUCAAAAUCCAGGUCGCCGUGUUGAGCAAACACGGCGGUUGUACAACAAGUGACCAGUAUUGUAGCGGUCGUGACACACUAGAUAGUCAGCUAAAAACCAUGGCUUCGCCGAGAGUUGCAGUGGUGACGGGCAGUAACAAAGGCAUAGGGCGUGCGAUUGUGAAGACUCUUUGCAAACAACACCCCGAGUGGAUUGUUUAUUUGACAGCUCGAGACACAGGGCGUGGCCAGCAAGCAGUUCAAGAACUUGAAAAAGAAGGUGUUAAACCGCUUUUUCAUCAGUUAGACUUAGACAACAAGGACAGCAUUGAGGCUUUCAGGGCAUUCCUGGAGAAAACUCAUGGUGGCCUAGAUGUAUUAAUAAAUAAUGCUGGGAUUGCAUAUAAGAUGGCAUCAAAAGCUCCCUUUUCAGAACAAGCUGAGGUAACAGUUAACACAAACUACUGGGGAACAGUUAAUGUGUGCAACAGUUUGUUUCCCCUGCUCAGACCUCAUGCCAGGGUGGUUCAUGUGUCAAGUCAGGCCAGUACAGGUACACUGAGGAGAGUCAGUGAACAACUGAGGAAAACUUUCACAUCAAAACUUACUAUGGAUGAGCUGUCGGCUCUUAUGAAGCAGUUUGUGGAUGCUGCAAAAAAUGGUACUUUCAAAGAGAAAGGCUGGCCAGAGAGUGCAUACGGGACAUCUAAAGUGGGCGUCACCUGUUUGGGCAUUGUCCAGCAGGACAUGUUUAACACUGACCCCAGAGAGGAUAUUGUGGUUAAUACGUGUUGCCCUGGGUAUGUUGACACUGACAUGACCAGCCACAAGGGACCCAAGACACCAGAACAAGGGGCAGACACCCCAGUAUAUCUGGCCACUCUCCCUCCUAAUGUGAAGGAACCAAAAGGCAAGUUUCUGUACGAGAGGAAAGUUGUACCUUGGCAGUAAACAAGCAUGGAUUAUUUGAAAGGAAAAGAGAUCUGGAAGGAAACAAAGAAUGAAGUGAAAGUAAUCUCAUAGGAAAACAAACCAUAUCUGAAAGUAUGACUGUGCCAUUGAAUUAGAAGAAACUGUUUGUUAAAUGUUGUACAGCUCUGUGGAAGGCAUAAAGCUAAAUGGAAAGUUAAAAGCUAGUCCUGAAAGAGCAAAAAAAAAAA